AUGGAGUAUGUGUUCCAUGAGAAGGAAUUGAGUAGUGAAGAGGUGGCGGGUCACCCUGUCACACUGUCAUGUACUUACUCACCAUACAGAGGGAUCACUGCCACUUGUUGGGGCCGACAGGCUUGCUCCUAUGGAUACUGUGUCACCUAUCAGAGGAGCAGCCGAUACCAGCUAAAGGGGCAUAUUUCAGGAGGAAACGUGUCCUUGACAAUAGAGAAUGCUGUUCAGAGUGACAGUGGUCUGUAUUGCUGUCGAGUGGAUGUCCCUGGACAUCAGAUAGUGAACUUUUCCUUGGAUGUUAAACCAGAAAUUCCCAGAAGUCUUCCAACAAGACCCACAACUACAUGGAGACCCACAACUCCAGGAAAGCCCACAACUCCAGGAAGGCCUACGACUAUUUCAAUAAGACCCACACAUGUACCAACAUCAUCCCGAGUCUCCACUUCUAGUUCUACAACACCAGCACAUACACAAACUCACAUAGCAGAACCCACUACGAUUUAUCCACAUCAGACAACAGCUGAGGUGACAGAAACCCCAUCCUACACUCUUGCAGAUUGGAAUUACACUGUGACAUCCUCACAUGAGUUUUACAGUAAUUACACUGAGCUGAAAUAA